CGUCCGCCUGCCCCCCUGGGCUGCGAGGAGGAGCCGGGCGAGCAUCGCCUCCAUCUGCCACGGUAGACGCUGUCGUGGAGCAGGCAUCGCCUGGCCCCGACCAUGUCGCGUGUCCACUACAAGUUCUUCUCCAAGCUGAACUAUGAUAUGGUCACCUUCAACGGCCUCUACAUCUCUCUGCGUGACCUCAAGCUCCAGAUCAUGGGCCGCGAGAAGCUGACGGUGGCCAGCUGCGACCUGCAGAUCACCAACGCCCAGACCAAAGAAGAAUACACAGAUGGUAAUGCCCUGAUUCCUAAGAACUCAUCGGUAAUUGUUAGAAGAAUCCCCGCUGGAGGAGUUAAAGUCACCAGCAAAACCUGUGUUAUAAGUCGUACCGAGCCAGUGAGUGGAACAUCAAAAGCAAUAGAUGACUCUCCUGCAUCUCUUUCUGUGGCCCACCUUGCUAAGACUGCCAAUCUGGCUGAAGCCAGUGCUUCUGAAGAAGAUAAACUAAAAGCUAUGAUGACCCAGUCCUGCCAUGAAUAUGAUCCAGUCAAUUACAUGAAGAAACCCUUGGGUCCACCUCCAUCAUCAUAUACUUGCCAUCGUUGCAGAAAACCUGGCCACUAUAUAAAGAACUGCCCAACAAAUGGGGACGAAAGUUUUGGGUCUGUUCCCAGAAUGAAAAAGAGCACAGGAAUUCCAAGGAGUUUCUUGGUGGAGGUGAAAGAUCCCAAUACGAAGGGUGUUAUGCUGACAAAAACUGGAAAAUACGCAAUACUGUGUCUUAAUGUGGAAGCUUAUACUAGAAGAAAGAAGGAAAAGCCUCCCUUUUUACCAGAGGAGCCAUCCUCUUCCUCCUCAGAUGAUCCUAUUCCAGAUGAGAUUUUAUGUCUCAUUUGUAAGGAGAUAAUGACUGAUGCAGCUAUUAUUCCCUGCUGUGGAAACAGUUAUUGUGAUGAAUGUAUUAGAACAGCCUUACUGGAAUCUGAGGAACAUAGAUGCCCAAAGUGUCAUCAGACAGGUGUUUCGCCUGAUGCUUUAGUGGCCAACAAGUGCCUGCGCCGGGCUGUGAGCAACUUCAAAAAUAGAGCUGGUUACAGAAAAAGGCACCGUCAGCAGAUUUGGCACCAACAGCAGCAGCAGCUGCCACUGCCGCCACCACCACUCGUGAUUCUUACACCUCCUGCUGCUCUGGUGACUGCUGCUGAACCUUCUACAUAUUUGUCUCUGUCAAUCAGCAGUUUGUUGGAAGAGAAGGGCUGUCAGAUUCCUGUACUAAGACAACCAGCAUUACCAAGUCAUCUGGGCCCCCAAGGACAAUCAACACUUACCACUGGUCAUCCAGCGAGAGCCAGUACAAUUUGCUCAGCAGGUGGCAGACCAGGCUGGGAACUAGGUCCAAAUCGAGGACGCCUGCCCAGUGAAUGUACCCAAAGGACUCAGGCCCCAGCACUACCAGAACCAACACCAGUCUUUGUGCCUGUGCCUCCAGCUCCCUCGUAUCCUCCAGCACGCCAUGCACUUCCUCUUCCACUGGGGGUACCACCACCACCGUUUCCUCCUCAGUUUCCACGUGGUCAGCCUCCAUCUGCUGGGUGCACUGUCCCCCCUCCAGGAUAUCCCCCAGCUCCUGCAAACACGUCAUCAGCUUGUGUUCCAAGAGCAGUACCCAUGUCUCAUUCAAUUACCAUCCCAAGGACACAAGCAUCUCCUUUCUCUAGGGAGGAGUUUUACAGAGAACAACGGAGUCUUAAGGAGGAGGAAAAGAAAAAGUCCAAACUCGAUGAGUUUGCAAGUGCUUUUGCUAAGGAAUUGAUGGAAUGUAAAAAGAUUCCAAAGGAGCGUAGGCAUUCGUUUCCCAGGUCCAAGCCUCCUUAUAGUGCUUCAUCUUACUCUAGAAGUUUCUAUACCUACUCCAAGUCAAGAUCAGAUUCUUCCCCCUCUCGCUCCCCCUCUCGAUCAUUUUGUCGUUCCCAUUUGCAUUCCUACUCGUGAUCGCGGCUGUAUCCAAGAAGAGGCAAAGGGAAGAGUCGUAACUAUUGUUCUAGAUCAAGGUCACCUGGUAAUAGAGCUGGAAAUUACCCUGAAAAAUCUUCUGGAAGAGCGAGCCAUGUCAUCAAAGAUCCUACAAAAUCAAAAGAGAAGGAAGUGGAAUAUCCACAGGAUGAUGGCAAAGGAAAUAAACAUAAAAAAUACCAGAAGAGAAGAAAAGGAGAUGAGAAUGAAGGAUUUCCUUCAUUUUGUGAAAAGUCUCCUCGAAUGGAACCUCCUGCGAAAAAAGUGAAGGAGGAGUUGCCAAAGACAGGCAGUGUUGAAACAUCUUCCUCUCAAAGGGGUGAGAAGGUUCUUGGUACCCCACAGAAAAUUCACCCCAAAGUGACAAAAGAUCACCCAGAAACCAGACCAGCGAAGGAGGAAAAGGCAAAGAAAGACCACAAGGAAAAUGACAGUGAGAGUAAUGUAUCUGCAAAAGAUGAGGAAGCUGCAGGAAAAAAUCCCAAAGACCCGAAAGAAAAGUCUGUUGAUAAGGUGAAAGAGGAUACAGCAGCACCUGCUGCAGUUGACCAGCCUGAAGCAAGCAGAAGUCAAAGCCGUCACAGUCCGGAGUCCUGUGACAGGGACAGUGGGGCCAUCAGCCUGCAGCUCGACAGCGGUUACAAGUGCCACUGA